AUGAAACGAAAAGUAAACGCACAUGGGGGAAAAAGGAAAAGCAAUGAAAGCCUUUUCCGCCACAUCUAUUUUUUACUUUUACUGCCCAACACCAGCCUUCUUGCCGCCCGGGCAGGUAUGCAGACGACAGAGAGACCAUUUUCACAGUCUGAGUUUCGUCCGUUCCAGCUUGGGUCCACUGAGGCAGAGUUCCGUGACACGAAACCUUUUACCUUCCUCCUCCCCCAGAAGGACAUGCCGUUGUUUCUCGGGAUUCCGUCCUGUGUGACUCUUCGCUCCUUUGACACGGAGGGUGAGGAGGUGACCCGGCCUUAUACUCCUUUGGAUUUGAGCUAUGAUAAGGGUGCAUUUCAUAUUUCGGUCAAAUGUUAUCCCAACUCAACAAUGGGCACAUAUUUCACAUUUGCAUGA